AUGGCGGCCAUGGGAGGGGGGGCCGUGGCAAUGGCGGCCGGCGACGGGGCCCCGGAAGAGGGGGAGGAGGGCGCACGGAGUGAGAUGCUGGUGGGCGUGGGGAAGGAGGGCGUGGUUUUGGGGGCCGGCGAAGGGAGGGUGGGCGCGGCCACGGCGGGCGAUGGGACUGGGGACGUGGCAAUGGCGGCGUGUGCCGAGAUGAUGAUGUUGAUGAAGGUCCGGAUUCAAGUACAAAUAGUGCAGAGGAUGAGCAAAGCGGUGGCGAUCGCCGAGGGGGUGGUUGUCGGGGAGAUGGUGGCCGGAGGGUGGGUGUUUUCUUUGGCGGCGGACUGUGAGAGUGAGUUGGUGAUGAGUUCUUAUGGUUAG